AUUUAUACACUCCCCACUUCCUCUCAUUUUCCGAGAAACCGCGAGAAAAUGGAAGGGAAAGCUCUCCUCUUUUCCCUCUGUUUUCUCUUUCUAUCUCUUCCUUCUCUCUCUUCCCCUCCCAUUUUCCAAACCCUAAUUCCCAAUUCCCUCCCUUCAGCUCCAUCCCUUCCAUUCGAAUCUGAACUCGAAUCCGAAUCGCUAUCCGCCGAGGCGUCUCUCGCUCUUCAGCUCCACCACAUCGAUGCACUCUCCGCCAACAAGACGCCGGAGCAGCUCUUCCACCUCCGCCUCCACCGAGACUCCCGGCGCGUUGAAUCAAUCGCCGCCUUGACCCGCCGUGGAAAUGCGAGCCACGCGCCAAGCGCCGCUGGGUUUAGCAGCUCGGUGAUCUCCGGUCUCUCUCAGGGAAGCGGAGAGUACUUCACUCGCAUCGGCGUUGGGACUCCGGCGAGGUAUCUUUACAUGGUCCUCGAUACCGGCAGCGACAUCGUCUGGCUCCAAUGCGCUCCUUGUCGGAGAUGUUACUCUCAGUCCGACCCGAUUUUCGUCCCGGCAAAGUCCAAAACCUACGCCGGAAUAUCCUGUUCGUCGCCGCUUUGCCGUCGUCUGGAUUCUCCGGGAUGCAACACCCGUCGCCGGACUUGCCUCUACCAAGUCACCUAUGGUGAUGGGUCCUUCACCGUCGGCGAUCUAUCCACCGAAACUCUAACUUUCCGGCGGUCGCACGUGAACGGCGUGGCUAUCGGCUGUGGCCACGACAAUGAAGGUCUCUUCGUCGGCGCCGCCGGUUUGCUAGGACUUGGCCGGGGCCGGUUAUCGUUCCCCGCCCAAACCAGCCGCCGGUUCAACGGGAAAUUCUCGUACUGCUUGGUCGACCGGUCCGCGACCUCCAAACCGUCGUCCAUUGUGUUUGGCGACGCGUCUGUGUCACGCACUGCCAGGUUCACGCCGAUGCUGUUAAACCCGAAGCUCGAUACGUUCUACUACGUGGAGCUAUUGGGGAUCAGCGUGGGAGGGACGCGGGUCCCCGGCGUGUCGGCAUCUCUGUUCAAGCUUGCCCAAACCGGCAACGGCGGAGUCAUACUGGAUUCGGGCACGUCGGUUACCCGCUUGACCCGACCCGCCUACAUCGCCAUGAGGGACGCGUUCCGGGUCGGAGCCAAGAACCUGAAACGGGCAACAAGCUUCUCAUUGUUCGACACGUGUUUCGACCUCUCCGGUUUGACUGAGGUCAAGGUCCCUACGGUGGUUCUCCACUUCCGGGGAGCUGACGUGUCACUCCCGGCGACGAACUACUUGAUUCCGGUGGACACCAACGGCAAAUUCUGCUUCGCAUUCGCCGGAACAGCGAGCGGACUCUCCAUCAUCGGGAACAUCCAGCAACAGGGUUUCCGGGUCGUCUACGACUUGGUGGGUUCUCGGGUCGGGUUCGCUCCACGAGGAUGCGUGUGAGCUUGCCCCGGCCCGACCGUACGGAUGAUGUACCUCCCUUUAAAAAGAAUUUAACUUGUGUGUUUGUCGAAAUCUUGAGCGGUAGAUUUGCUAAGUUGUUGAUAUUUUGCAUCACGUGUUGUCGGUCCCAUCAUCUCCUAGAUUUUUCUACUGUUCGCCCUGAAAGAAAGUAGCCUUCAAU